AUGGAAGUCAACCGAAAACAUUUUUGCGCCAUAAUUUAUUACAACUUUCAUGGACAAUUAUCGCAACAAGAAUGCCUUGCUGAGUUACUGUAUGUUUUCGGCAACGAAGCGCCACAUCAGUCGACAAUUUCCCGUUGCUAUGGAGAAUUCAAACGUGGACGGGUGAGUCUUAGCGACGAUCCCAGGGUGGCCAGGAAAACGUCGAUGAUCAUUGAAGAUAGACAUGUGACAUAUCGCGAGAUUGAGGCGUCCUUAAAGAUCUCAAAGACCUCAAUUCAAAAAAAUUUACAUAAAGAAUUAGGAGUAAGAAAAUUAGUUUCUCGUUGGAUACCCCACCUGUUGACUGAAGAGCAGAAAGCAGCCAGGUCGUGGAUUUACUGUUAUGAACCAGAAAAUAAACGACAGUCGGCUGUUUGGGUGUUCCAAGGUGAAGAAAAGGUGCAAAGAACUGUUACUGCGGAUUGGUAUACCACCAUUUGUUUGCCAAAAGUCACGACCGAGCUUCGAAAAAUCAACCCCCAAAGAAGAAUCAUCCUACACCAAGACAAUUCAAGCUCGCACACAGCCCAAGAAACAAGGCAGUAUUUAACGGAAGAAAACGUGAAAUUAUUGGACGAGCCUCCAUAUAGUCCCGAUCUAAGUCCUAACGAUUUCUUUACUUUCCCGAAAAUUAAAAACAGACUGCGUGGUCAAAGGUUCCAGUCACCAGAAGAAGCAGUUGACGCAUUCAAAAAUGCCGUUUUGGAUCUGCCAGCAAACGAGUGGAAUAAGUGCUUCGAAAAUUGGUUCGAGCGCAUUCAGAUGUGUGUUAAUCUUCGUGGAGAAUACUUCGAAAAAUAAUAAAGUCAUUUAAAACUACCUACCGUGUUGCUUUAUUUCCAUAUGCAAAACUUAAAAGACAUCCCUCGUAGCUAUAU